AUGCCAUUAAAGUAUUCAAUUUUACUGCCGACGUAUAAUGAAAAAGAAAAUUUACCUGUUAUAGUUUAUUUAAUCCACAAAUACUUGGAAAUUAGUGAGAUAGAAUAUGAAAUUAUUAUUAUUGACGAUGGCAGUCCAGAUGGAACUUUAGAAGUAGCCAAACAACUUGAAACUAUAUAUGGAAAAGAUAAAAUUUUAUUAAGACCCAGAGGAAAAAAACUUGGUUUAGGCACUGCGUAUAUUCAUGGAAUGAAACAUGCCACCGGGGAUUUUAUUAUUAUAAUGGAUGCUGAUCUGUCACAUCAUCCAAAAUUUAUACUGGAUUUUAUAAUAAAACAAGCUGAACAAGAUUAUGACGUUGUUACUGGAUCACGAUAUAUUGGCAAUGGAGGAGUCUCAGGUUGGGAUUUUAAAAGAAAGUUAGUUAGUCGUGGUGCUAAUUUUGUUAGCCAAAUAUUGUUGAGGCCCAAAGUGUCUGAUCUUACUGGUAGUUUUAGAUUAUAUAAAAAGCCAGUUUUGGAAAAACUGAUAGAAUCAUGUAUAUCAAAAGGAUAUGUUUUCCAAAUGGAGAUGAUGGUACGUGCAAGGCAACUAAAUUAUACUAUUGGUGAAGUUCCAAUAACCUUUGUAGACAGAGUUUAUGGGGAAUCUAAAUUAGGAGGAUCAGAAAUUUUUCAGUUUGUUAAGUCUCUGCUAUAUUUAUUUGCUACUACAUAAAAUAUUUCAGCAUAAAAAUUAAUAUUAUAUAUCAUUCAUACAAAGUUAUUUGCUAAUGUUAUAAACGGAGUUUCAUUGGAUAAUCACUAUUAAUGCUAUUGUUUAUGGCCAGUGGUUUUACAAACUGUAGUUCACGGUCUCCUGAGGGUUUGUGACACUCAUGUUCAUAAUUUUUUAUAAAAAAAUUAUGUGUGUAAUAAAUAAUUUUAAAUUUGUA